GGAAAAGGUCACGCACGCAUGCUAAGUGCGGGCAAUGAUGAAAUUGAUAAUCAUUUCAAUCACCCAUGAUCAGACUGACUGAAUCAUAAAUUAAUUAUAUCAAGUAUAUAUGAUUGUUAUUUGUGAAUGAAGCAAAGCAGUCGAUGGGCAGUUGUGUUUUAUGUUAUAAUUAAUUAUGUGUACAUGAUCUAUAAAAACCAAACCCAUGGAAAGGGCAGGUAGCAAGCAAUUAAAGCCUUGGAGAUGGAGAUGGAGGUUGUGGAGUUAAGGAUACAUCUUCACUGCAGGGCCUGUGAGAAGGCGGUGAGGAAAGCUGUGUGCAGGAUCAAAGGGGUGAAAUGCGUGGAAAUAGAUGCAACGUUGAAGAAGAUGACAGUGUUGGGAUACAUGGAUCGGAAAGUUGCCACAAAAGCAAUUCGGAAAACAGGAAGGAGAGCUGAAGCGUGGCUGCACUCAAUUACUUCAGAAGACGACGACCCUCUUCCUCCUCCUCCUCCUCCACCUCCUACAUUUGGAGUCAUCAGACGGUGCAUCAAUCUUCCUACCUGGGGAAUGAGAAAGAGAUCCUCCGCUUUUUCUAAUAAUAAACACAAACACGUCCACGCCCAUAUGCCACGCCAAUCAACUCUCUAGCUGGUACCAUAAAAUAAAUAUCCUACUUGAUACCAAUAAUAAUAAAAAUUGAAACACAUCCUCUCAUCAAUCAAUAUUUUCUUCCAUCUUUAAUUUUCCUCUAGAUACUGAUUUAUAUGUGUUGCUUACUUUCCAUAUAUUAAUUACAUUUGUGCUUGACUAUUAAUUUGUAAUUAGUUAUCAUUUAUUCCACUCGAAUUGUAUAUACUUGGUCUCCAUGCUUAUGCUUUUAUUAUAUCUCUCUCUCUCUCUCUCUCUCUCUCUCUCUCCCCACUCUACAACUAGAAGCUGUUAAAAGCUAGUAUCAGUGUGUAAGCGCUUUGCUAUGUCUUUAAUAUCGAGUCCCCACAUCCACUAUGCUUCUUCUGCAUCAUCAUCAUCAUCAUCAUCUGCUCCGGCGCUUCAUGUCGGCUUUAUCAAUGUCAACCAUUGAGGCUCAAAUCAAAGAUUUGGUUUCCGGAGGACAACAUGACCAAGCCCUUCAAUUAUUCAAACAACAGCUCCAUCCCUCCGCUCUCCAUGCUAGCACAUCCAUUCUUCCCUCGGUCAUCAAGGCAUGCUCUCUCCCACGGUCUCAUCAUUUUGGUCUUCAGCUUCACUGUCUGGUCAUCAAGACAGGUUCCCACUCCGAGAUUGUCGUGUCCAAUUCUAUCAUUUCCAUGUACGCCAAAUCUUCCACGGUUGAAGCGGCAAGAAAGGUGUUCGAUACAAUGCCUUAUAGAGACACCAUCACAUGGAAUUCCUUGAUAAAUUGCCAUAUACAAAAUGGGUAUCCUGGCAAAGCAUUAGAAAUGCUAAAGAUGAUGUGUUUUUAUGGUUUUGUACCCAAGCCGGAGUUACUUGCCUGCAUUGUAUCAGCUUGUGCGAGGACAAGACAGUUCAGAGUUGGAAGAGUGGUUCAUGCUCUUGUUACUACUGAUGGAAGGAUUGAGGAGUCAACAUUGUUGUCGACGGCUUUGGUUGAUAUGUAUUUGAGGUCAAAUGACUCCAUUAUGGGUUUGCACGUCUUCAAUCAAAUGGCAGACAAAAAUGAAGUUUCUUGGACUGCCAUGAUUUCAGGAUGCACCUCGAAUUAUUGCUACAAAAUGGCAAUUGAUUGCCUUCGAUCGAUGCAGAUUGAAAGGGUGAGACCCAACCGAGUAACCUUGAUUGCUAUCCUACCAGUUUGUGCCGAGUUGGGCUCUAUAAAACAGGGGAAAGAGAUUCAUGGGUAUUCUUUUCGUCACGGGUUUCAUUGGGAUCAUCACUUGUCAGCAUCUCUCAUGCACAUGUAUUGUAAAUGUGGUGGAGCAUUGCGCUCUGCAAAAUUCAUAUUUGAGAGUUCGACUGUUAAAGAUGUUGUAAUGUGGAGUUCCAUCAUUGGGAGCUAUGCUCAGCAGGGAGAUGGCACUCAAGCUAUGAAGCUGUUCAAACAGAUGCAUGCAGAGGGAACUAAACCAAACUCUGUUACUUUGUUGGCAAUAAUUUCUGCUUGCACUUCUCUUUCUUCACUAAGUCUUGGCUAUGGAGUCCACGGCUAUGCCAUGAAAUCAGGAUUUGACUUCGAUAUUUUCAUUGGAAAUGCUCUCAUAAAUUUGUAUGCCAAGUGUGGUUCUCUUGAGGCUUCUCAUCAAACGUUCAAAGAGAUGCCUAAGAAAGAUUUCAUUUCGUGGAGCACAUUGAUUGGUGGCUAUGGCCUUCAUGGUUGUGGUGGAGAAGCUUUAAAACUCUUUCAUGAGAUGCAAGAGAAAGGAAUGGAGCCAGAUGGAAUCACAUUCCUUGCUGUUUUAUCUGCUUGCAACCAUGCUGGCCUUGUUGAGGAGGGACAGAGGAUCUUCUAUGAUGUGAUGAAAGGGGAUAAAGUACCACCAACAAUUGAGCUAUAUGCCUGCCAUAUUGAUCUCCUUGGGAGGUCGGGAAAGCUUGAAGAUGCUUGUAAUGUACUGAGAACAAUUCCUAUGAAACCAAGUACGAGAAUUUGGAGCUCUUUGAUAUCAGCUUGUAAAGUUCAUGGAAGAUUGGAAAUAGCAGAAAUGAUAGCACAUCAGCUUAUUAAAUCAGAACCUGAGAAUGCUGCCAACUAUACCUUACUGAGUAUGGUUUACGCUGAAACUGGCAAUUGGCUUGGUGUGGAAGAGGUGAGAAGAAUCAUGAGAUUACAAGGACUGAAGAAAAGCCAUGGGUUCAGCCAGAUUGAGCUGGAUAAUCGAGGUUUCUUAGAGGGCUGAUAAUUCUUCACCAAAUAGAAUUAAUAUUAUAGCCACAGGCACUACUUCCCACCUUUUUAAGUCUCAAAUCCAGUGCUUGCAAAUCCUGGUUCAAUAUGUGAUCUCAUCAACGCCAUUUAUAACUAGUAUAAUUCUAAAGACGUAUGAGACUUCUUUGCCGAUAAUUGAGAAUUGUAUAUUUAUUGAUCGCCUAUAAA